AUGUAUGCUGUGACUGGUAGUGAUGAGGAUGACUGUUACCGGUGUUUCCCGCCCGACCCGGGCAUUGGUACUGCUGCGUCAGGUGCUAGUGAGGCUGCUGCUCUAGGUGCCAGUGCGUCUGUGCUCUCAGGUACUGGUGAGUUUGCCCUCUCAGGUACUGUGUCGGCUUCGGCCUCUCACACCUUCACCCUUGACUCUGGAGCGUCUCGCUCCUUCUUUCGGGACCGCACCACUCUCACGCCGCUGAGUCGGCCGGUUGCGGUGUCCCUGGCUGACCCCUCUGGGGGGCCUGUCCUUUCUCGCUUCUCCACGGUCCUUCCGUGUCCUGCGGCCCCCUCUGGCACCCUGUCUGGUCUCUACCUCCCCUCGUUCUCGACGAACCUGGUGAGUGGUGCUGACCUACAGGAUGCGGGUGUCCACCAGUUCACUCCUGCUCGUCAGCGAGUGACCCACUGCACGGAGGCUAGCACGGGACGCCACCUGGCUACGUUUACACGUCGGCCAGGGUCGAGCCUGUACACACUGACCACUGCUUCUCCUCCAGGUGCUGAGUCUGGUAGGGUCCCUUCGUCUGGUCAGGUGUUUGCCGCAGCGUCCAGGUCUGGUCCUGAGUCUGCCCCCUGUUCGUGUCGUCGUCUGUCUCACGAGACCCUCCUCUGGCACCACCGCCUUGGCCACCCCUCUCUGCUUCGGCUCAGAGGCAUGGCCUCCCGUCUUCUUGUGUCUGGUCUCCCCCAGUCUCUACCUCCCCUUCCUCAGGGCCCUGGCCCUGCCUGUGUCCCCUGUGUCGAGGGGCGCCAGCGUGCUGCCCCUCACUCCUCCCAGUUUCCUCCGACAGAGGCCCCGUUGCAGACGCUUCACAUGGACGUGUGGGGCCCAGCCCGCGUCCGUGGACAGGGUCAGGAGGGCUACUUCCUGCUCGUUGUUGACGACUACUCGCGUUACACCACGGUCUUCCCCUUGCGCAGCAAGGGUGAGGUCACUGAGGUGCUGAUCGACUGGAUCCGCGCAGCUCGUCUUCAGCUCAGGCAGAGCUUUGGCUCCGACUUUCCUGUGUUGCGUCUGCACUCGGACAGAGGCGGAGAGUUCUCCUCUGGCCUUCUGCGUGCCUACUGUCGUGCGCGAGGCAUCCGCCAGUCCUUCACGCUUCCGGACUCCCCGCAGCAAAAUGGGAUUGCUGAGCGCCGCAUUGGCAUGGUCAUGGACGUCGCCCGUACGUCCAUGAUGCAUGCGGCUGCCCCCCCAUUUUCUGUGGCCGUUUGCGGUCAGGUUGGUGAUGCGUCGGCGUUCUGGUUCUGGGGAUCUCGGGCGUUUGUCCGCGACUUGUCUGCGGACAAGCUGUCCCCUCGCGCUGCUCCCUGCGUCUUCCUGGGGUUCCCCCCCGACGCCCCUGGGUGGCAGUUCUACCACCCCACCUCUCGACGUGUUCUGUCCUCCCAGGACGUCACGUUCGACGAGUCGGUACCCUACUACCGCCUCUUCCCCUACCGCACUCCGUCCCUCCCCCCACCCCCGCUCUUCUUGGUACCAGGUCCCCCCCCGGUAGACCCCCUCCCCCGUCAGGGUCCUGCCCCUUCAGGUGUGUCCCAGGUAGACGCGGUCGAGCCUGUCGAGGUCACUGGUGACUCUGGUGCUGCUGCGGGAGCUGAGCCUGGGGGUGCGGAGCCUGGGGGUGCGGAGCUUGGGGGUGCUGUGCCUGGGGGUGCUGUGCCGGGGGGUGCGGAGCCUGGGGGUGCGGAGACUGGGGGUGCUGAGCCUGGGGGUGCUGAGCCUGGAGGUGCCGAGCCUGGGGGUGCUGAGCCUAGGGGUGCUGCGCCUGGGGGUGCUGAGCCUGGGGGUGCUGAGCCUGGGGGUGCUGAGCCUGGGGGUGCUGUGCCUGGGGGUGCUUCGUCUCGCCGGGAGCCACUCUCCCCACAGGAGCUGCGUGAGUGGUUUGCCAGGCGCUGGAGGCGUGCUGCUGGUGUUGGUGGUUCUUCGGCUGCAGAGGGUACUGCUGCCGCGCGUCCCGGUGGUGCUCGUACUGUGGGUGCUGGAGCUGCUGGGUCUGAGGGUUCUCCUGGAGCUGGUGCUGCUGAGGGUGUUGGCGCUGUGCCUGCCGCUGGCGGUCCGACUGACAGUGCUCCUGGUGCUGCUGCUGGAGGUUCUGGUGCUGCUGGAGGUGCUACUGUAGUGGGUGCUCCUGCUGGGGGUACUGGUGCUGUUCCUGCUGUUUCUGGCGUCGCCGCGCGGCCCCGACCGUACUUCGUUCCGCUCCUGCAGCAGGUUCUUGGUCUUACACCUCCUCCUCCCUUAGAGGGUCCGCAGCCUGUCCGGUCACAGCCACAGCUACAGCCUGCCUCCCCUUUGCCUGCUCCUUCUCCCUACGCUGGUCCGACUGGAGGUCUUACUGAGCGUCGUGAGCCUGCGUCUCGUCCUGCGUUGCCUGUUCGUACUGAGCGCGCUAGUGGUCGCGGGUCGCGUCAGCGUCCUCCUCCUGUCCCUGGCACGCACCGGAUGUCACUGCGUCCGUCCACUGCUCCUCUGCGUGCCCCUUUGCCUUCUCCUCCUGCUUCCUCUCUUCCUGCUCUUGCCGACCCGGAGUCGGACUCUCUUCGUGCUGCCAGUCCUACUGUCACGCGUCUUCUUGCUACUGCUGUCACUGACCCUUCCUUCGAGUCGUCUGCUGCUUCUGCCCUUGUCACUGAGCUUGUCGACUUUGCUGCACGCUGUCGUCUAGACUACGCUGCCAGUCUUGUCGCUGAGUCUGAGUCUGCCUGUCCUCCGUCCGUCGGGGGUGAGUGUGCCCUCGGCACGGACGUCCUUGAGGACAGGCAGGAGGAGUUCCAGUGUCUGGCAGCCGCUUCACCUCAUCUCGCGUCUGUACUGCUAGCCCCUGAGGGAGACCCGGAUGCACCAGACAUCCCGACUCCGCGCUCUUACGCGGAGGCGAUAGAGGGUCCCUACUCCUCUCAGUGGCAGGCAGCUAUGGAUGCAGAGAUGGCUUCCUGGAAGUCCACAGGCACCUACGUCGACGCUGUUCCCCCUCCUGGGGCGAACAUCGUCAGUGGCAUGUGGAUUUUCAGGGUGAAGCGGCCGCCGGGUUCACCGCCUGUCUUCAAGGCGCGUUACGUGGCUCGUGGCUUCAGUCAGCGGCAGGGGGUUGACUACUUUCAGACCUUCUCCCCCACCCCGAAGAUGACUACUCUUCGGGUUCUGCUGCACGUUGCUGCUCACCGUGACUACGAGCUGCACUCUCUCGACUUCAGCACAGCUUUCUUGCAGGGCAGCCUGCACGAGGAGAUCUGGCUGCGCCGCCCACCUGGCUUCACUGGGUCGUUCCCUCCUGGUACCCAGUGGAGUCUCUAG